GGAGCAGGCGGGGGGCGGUGAGAGCGCGCAUGCGCGCGGCCGGGCAGCCUGGGCAGCGGGUCCUGCCUGUGACGGGUGGCGGCGGUCGGUCCUGCCUGGAACAGCGGCGGCUGCUCGUCCAGACACCUGCGGCGGCGGCUACCCCGCGGCGGGCGCAGAGAUGUGGCCCCUGGUGGCGGCGCUGUUGCUGGCUUCGGCGUGCUGCGGUUCAGCUCAGCUACUAUUUAAUAAAACAAAAUCUGUAGAAUUCACGUUUUGCAAUGAAACUGUUGUCGUCCCGUGCUUUGUUAAUAAUAUAGAGGCAGAAAACCUUAACGAACUGUAUGUAAAGUGGAGAUAUAAAGGAAAAGAAAUUUACAUCUUUGAUGGCGUUGUCAACAAGUCCACUAGCUACAAUAAUUUUAAGAGUGCAAGAAUGGACGUCCCAGAAUUACUAAAAGGGGAUGCCUCAUUGAAGAUUGACAAGAGUGAAGCUGCCUUAGGAAAUUAUUCAUGUGAAGUGACAGAAUUAAGCAGAGAAGGCGAAACAUUCAUAGAACUAAAAUAUCGUGUUGUUCCAUGGUUUUCUCCAAAUGAAAAUAUUCUCAUUGUUAUUUUCCCGAUUUUUGCUGUACUUCUGUUUUGGGGACAGUUUGGUAUUAAAACACUUAAAUAUAAAUCCACUCAUAUGGAUGAGAUAACCAUUGCUGUACUUGUUGUUGGACUAGUGACCACUGCGAUUAUCAUUGUUGGAGCCAUUCUUUUUGUCCCAGGUGAAUAUUCAAUAAAGAAUUCUACUGGACUUGGUUUAAUUGUAACUACUACAGGAUUAUUAUUAUUACUUCAUUACUAUGUGUUUAAAACAACAAUCGGGAUUCACUCCUUCAUCAUUGUCAUAUUGGUUAUUCAGAUGCUGGCCUAUAUACUCGCUGUGGUUGGAUUGAGUCUCUGUAUUUCGGCAUGCAUACCAAUGCAUGGCCCUCUUCUGAUUGCAGGUUUGGUUAUCUUUGCUCUACUACAAUUACUUGGACUAGUUUAUAUGAAAUUUGUGGCUUCUGAUCAGAAGACCAUAAAUCCUCCUAGGAAAGCUGUAGAAGAACCCCUUAAUGCAUUUAAAGAAUCAAAAGGAAUGAUGAAUGAUGAAUAACUGAAGUGAAGUGAUGGACUGUGAUUUGGAAGGUAGUAAGACGUGAAAGGAAUACACUUGUGUUUAAGCACCAUGGCCUUGAUUCACUGUUGGGGAGAAGAAACCAAGAAAAGUAACUGGCUGUCAUUGUGGGAAAAAGUCAUUGACCCUCCAAUGAUUGUUACAGUUAAGUUUUUAUUCAAAGCAGCUGUAAUUUAGUUAAUAAAAGAAUUAUGAUGUGCUGUGUGCCCAAUUGA